GAUCACUCUCUCUCAUCACUCUCUCUCCUAAACCACACCUUUUUACAGCUCAAAAUAUCGUCUUCUUCCUCUGUCUUCCUCUUCUCGGAUCCAAUUCGAGGUUCGUGCAUAUUCCGAUUUGGGGGUGGAAGUGCGGAUUUUGGGUUUGAUUAAUCAACGAAGCGAUUUCGAGUUCGUUUCGAGAUUACUGUACAGUUUGACUCUUCAGUUCUGUUUGUGGUGAGACUGCAAUAAUUGCCCGAGGGAGUUUGGCUUUAUCGGGAGUGGAUUUCAAUUUCGGUUUCUAAUUUUGGAAAUUGUGAAUGUGAGGUGCUUCUUUUUGUUUCUUGAAGAUAAGACAGAGCGUUACCAAGCAGCUGAAAAUAUGCUAGGAGGGAAACAUUCUGGAGUCUGUUCUUUCAGAUGACUGAUAGUAAUUAUAUUAUGCUUCUGCUGAUGAAGCGCUGCUGGUCAUGGAUUCUUUUGAUAUCACUGCUUUGUGCACUGACAAAUGAAAAUGAAGCGAUUAGUCCUGAUGGUGAGGCGCUUCUAAGCUUUAGAAGUGGAAUUUCUAGUUCUGAUGGUGCCAUACGUCAGUGGAGGUCAGAGGAUCCUGAUCCGUGUAACUGGAAAGGAGUGACCUGUGAUGCUAAAACAAAAAGAGUUACAGCUUUGAGUCUUACUCAUCACAAAUUAAGUGGACCUUUACCCCCUGAGCUUGGAAAGUUGGAUCAGUUGAGGCUUUUAAUGCUUCACAACAAUAAUUUAUAUGGCUCAAUACCUGCAGCAUUGGGGAAUUGCACAGCAUUGGAGGGAGUAUACUUGCAGAAUAAUUACCUCACUGGGCCAAUCCCAAGUGAGUUGGGAAACCUGUCCGGGCUUAAAAAUCUGGACAUCUCAAACAACGGUCUCGUAGGAGCUAUCCCUGUUUCACUUGGGCAGUUGGACAAGCUUACUAAUUUCAAUGUCUCAAACAAUUUUUUGGUGGGGAAAAUACUUUCUGAUGGCGUAAUCUCCCAGUUUUCGAAGGAUUCCUUCAUCGGGAAUCUUAAGUUAUGUGGAAAGCAAAUUGAUGUGGUGUGCCAAGAUGACAGUGGAAACUUUUCUACUGGUUCUGGGUCUACACCAGAAGGUAAGACGGGUAAGCUGCUUAUAAGUGCAUCAGCUACUGUGGGUGGGCUGCUCCUAGUGGCGCUCAUGUGUUUCUGGGGAUGCUUUCUCUAUAAGAAGCUUGGUACUGUUGAGAGUAAAAGCCUUGCGAUAGCUGUCGGUGGAGGUGCGUCUAUCGUGAUGUUCCAUGGAGACUUGCCCUAUGCUUCUAAAGACAUUAUCAAGAAACUAGAAGCUCUUAACGAAGAGCAUAUAAUAGGGUGUGGAGGUUUUGGAACAGUGUACAAAUUGGACAUGGAAGAUGGCAAUGUUUUUGCGCUGAAAAGGAUUGUAAAGUUAAACGAAGGGUUUGAUAGGUUUUUCGAAAGGGAGCUUGAGAUUCUAGGAAGCAUCAAACAUCGUUACCUUGUGAAUCUGCGAGGAUACUGCAACUCACCCACAUCAAAGCUUCUUCUGUAUGAUUACCUUCCUGGUGGUAGCCUUGAUCAAGCUCUUCAUGAGAGAGGCGACCAACUGGAUUGGGAUUCACGUGUAAAUAUUAUAGUAGGAGCAGCAAAAGGGUUAGCGUACUUGCAUCAUGAUUGUUCUCCUAGGAUUAUACACCGUGAUAUAAAAUCAAGCAACAUUUUACUCGAUGGAAAUCUUGAGGCUCGUGUAUCAGACUUUGGACUUGCCAAGUUGCUAGAGGACGAAGAAUCUCAUAUUACAACCAUUGUUGCAGGCACAUUCGGUUACUUGGCUCCAGAGUAUAUGCAAAGCGGUAGAGCGACAGAGAAAACAGAUGUUUACAGUUUCGGAGUUUUGGUUCUUGAAGUCUUGAGUGGUAAAAUUCCCACGGAUACCUCCUUCAUCGAGAAAGGCUACAACGUUGUUGGUUGGCUAAACUUCUUAAUCAGCGAAAAACGUGCACGAGAGAUUGUUGAUAGAAGCUGUGAAGGAGUAGAGACAGGGAGCCUUGAUGCUCUUAUAUCAAUAGCAACAAAGUGUGUGUCUUCAAGUCCAGACGAGCGGCCAACAAUGCUCAGAGUUGUUCAGUUACUUGAGUCUGAAGUUAUGACUCCUUGCCCUAGCGACUUCUACGAUUCCAGUUCUGAUUGAUCCCAUUCACACGUCUUUCGAUUUCUGUUUUUAUAUCCACAAGGUUCAAGCCAUUCAUUUUUCAGUUUCUCUUUUUGUUUUUUUUUUUUGGCUUUUUUAUGAUCUUUCUUGUAUUGGUUAAACCCUUUCAAUUGAUCUGAAUGUGAAACUAAAAUGUAUAUGUUCAUUGUAGAAAUACUGUAAUAUUUUUAUAAGAAAGAUCUGAAUAAAUUUCUGUAUUUUCCAC